AUGGGGGGUCGCCCAUCGCCGCCGCCCCCCGCGCCCCUCCAGCUCUUCCUCCCCGUCCUCCUCCUCCUCCUCCUCCUCCUCGCCCCCUGCCCGGCCACCGCCGAGGAGCUGCUGGUGGCCACCUCGGCCGGCGCCGUCCGCGGCUUCCACGUGCCCGCCGGCCCCUCGGCGCGCGUGGCGGCGUUUUUGGGGAUCCCCUACGCCGAGCCCCCGCUGGGCCCGCUGCGCUUCGCCCCUCCCCGCCCCGCCCGGCCCUGGGGAGGGGUCCUGGACGCCCUCUCCCACCCCCACGCCUGCUUCCAGCCGGUGGACACCAUGUUCCCGGGCUUCGGCGGCUCCGAGAUGUGGAACCCCAACCGCGAGAUGAGCGAGGACUGCCUGUACCUCAACAUCUGGGCGCCGGCGCCGCGCCCCGAAACGCCGGCGCCGGUGCUGGUGUGGAUUUACGGCGGCGGCUUCUACAGCGGCGCCGCCUCGCUGGACGUCUACGACGGGCGGUUCCUGGCGGCGGCCGAGGGGGUUUUGGUGGUCUCCAUGAACUACCGGGUGGGCGCUUUGGGUUUCUUGGCCUUGCCGGGUCACCCCGAAGCUCCCGGCAACGUGGGGCUGCUGGACCAGCGGUUGGCGUUGCGUUGGGUGCAGGCCAACAUCGCGGCGUUCGGCGGCGACCCCGGCGCGGUGACGCUCUUCGGGGAGAGCGCCGGCGCGGCCUCGGUGGGGCUGCACCUGCUGUCGGGCGGCAGCCGGGCGCUGUUCCGCCGCGCCGUGCUGCAGAGCGGCUCGCCCAACGGGCCCUGGGCCACCGUGGGGGCGGCCGAAGGCCGGCGGCGGGCGGCGCGGCUGGGCCGGCUGCUGGGCUGCGGCGGCGCCGGCGCCGGCGGCGCCGUGACCAACGAGACGGAGCUGCUGGCUUGCCUGCGCGCCGCCGCGCCGCCGCAGCUGGUGGAGCACGAGGCGGCCGUGCUGCCGCAGCAGGGCGUCUUCCGCUUCGCCUUCGUGCCCGUGGUGGACGGCGAGUUCCUGGCCGACACCCCCGAGGCGCUGCUGGGCGCGCCGGGCGGCGCCGAGGCCGAGGUGCUGCUGGGCGCCGUGCAGGACGAGGGCACCUAUUUCCUGGUGUACGGCGUGCCGGGUUUCGGCAAGGACAACGAGAGCCUGAUCAGCCGCGAGGAGUUCCUGGGCGGCGUGCGGCUGGGCGUGCCGCAGGCCAACGAGCUGGCGGCCGAGGCCGUGGUGCUGCAGUACACCGACUGGCUGGACCAGGACAACCCGGUGAAGAACCGCGAGGCGCUGGACGACAUCGUGGGCGACCACAACGUGGUGUGCCCGCUGAUGCACUUCGCCCAGCGCUGGGCCGAGCGCGGCGGCACCGUCUUCGCCUACCUGUUCGACCACCGCGCCUCCAACCUGCUGUGGCCGCCGUGGAUGGGCGUGCCGCACGGCUACGAGAUCGAGUUCGUCUUCGGGCAGCCGCUCAACCCCGGCCUCAACUACACGGCCGAGGAGGAGGCGCUGAGCCGGCGCAUCAUGAGAUACUGGGGCAACUUCGCCCGCACCGGGGACCCCAACGAGGCGUCGGAGCGGGAGCGGCGCUGGCCGUCGUACACGGCGGCGCGGCAGAGCUACGCCCGGCUGAACGCGCGGCCGCUCGCCGUGGCCCAGGGCCUGCGCGCCCAGGCCUGCGCCUUCUGGAACCGCUUCCUGCCCAAGCUGCUCAACGUCACCGGCCCCAUGGAGGAGGCGGAGCGGCAGUGGCGCCUGGAAUUCCACCGCUGGAGCUCGUUCAUGCUGCGCUGGAAGAGCCAAUUCGAGCUCUACAGCCGCCAGGAGCGCUGCCAGCCCCUGUAGCACCCCAAAAUCUACCCAGGGCGCCCCAAAAACCGCCCAGGCACCCCAAAAACCGC